GGUGGGUGACAUCAUGGACUAGGGAACAGUGAGCAGCCAGUGAAGCAUCCAGCCUGCCGAGCAAGCUUUGCUUUUUAGGGUCAGGAACUGGUCUGACAAGAGAAUGGCAAUCCUGCCUUUAAACUGUCACUAGUGCCGCUGACGAUGAACCCUCCGCAGCUCCGGGCCCAAAGGCGAAGCACUGAGCAAGAGAAUGUGAAGACAUAUUUCAGGACAUUGUGAGUGCCACUAAAGAUGUCUGAUAGUGUUGAUAUUGAAGAGAAACCACCAGCCCCCCCCUUGAGAAUGAACAGUAGUUCCCGAGACUCUUCAUUGUUGAAUCACGCCUCUAAACCGCUUCCAAUGGCUCCUGAAGAGAAAAACAAGAAGGUCCGCCUGCGCUCCAUCUUCCCCGGGGGAGACAAGACAAACAAGAAGAAGGAGAAGGAGCGUCCUGAGAUAUCCCUCCCCUCGGACUUUGAACACACCAUUCAUGUCGGCUUUGAUGCUGUAACGGGAGAAUUCACAGGUAUCCCGGAGCAGUGGGCGCGGCUCCUACAGACCUCGAACAUCACCAAGCUGGAGCAGAAGAAGAAUCCACAGGCCGUGCUGGACGUCCUGAAGUUCUACGACUCCAAAGAGACCGUCAACAACCAGAAAUACAUGAGCUUCACCUCCGGAGACAAGUCGGCACAGGGGUACAUAGCCGCAAACACUCUGAACCGGCUGCUGUCAUCUGGGCCUCCUGUCAGCCUUAGAACCUGCAGCGCAUUAUUUGACAAGGGUGCCAAAACAUCAUCGUCAGAGCCCCCGAUCGCUCCACCUGUAUCCGAAGAGGAGGAUGAGGAAGAGGAAGAAGAAGAAGAGGAGGAGGAGGAGGAAGAAGACGAGGACGAAUUGCCCCCCGUCAUUGCACCUCGGCCCGAGCACACCAAAUCUAUCUACACGCGCUCCGUCGUGGAACCACCAAAGCCUCCCACCCCUGUGAAAGAAGUGUUGACUCCGCCGGAGUCACAGGUCCAGCCGGACAACACGUCCAACACGAUGUACCGCAACACUGACCGCCAGAGGAAGAAGUCCAAAAUGACAGACGAGGAGAUUCUGGAGAGACUCAGGAGUAUUGUGAGCGUGGGGGAUCCCAAAAAGAAGUACACACGCUUCGAGAAAAUAGGACAGGGAGCAUCCGGCACUGUGUACACUGCCAUCGACAUAGCAACAGGCCAAGAGGUGGCCAUUAAGCAGAUGAACCUGCAGCAGCAGCCCAAGAAAGAGCUGAUCAUCAAUGAGAUCUUGGUGAUGAGGGAAAACAAGAACUCCAAUAUAGUGAACUAUUUGGACAGUUACUUGGUAGGAGAUGAGCUCUGGGUGGUGAUGGAGUAUUUGGCCGGUGGCUCUUUGACAGAUGUAGUGACGGAGACCUGCAUGGACGAGGGCCAGAUCGCUGCGGUCUGCAGAGAGUGUCUUCAAGCUCUGGACUUCCUUCACUCCAACCAGGUGAUCCACAGAGAUAUAAAAAGUGACAACAUCCUCUUGGGGAUGGACGGAUCCGUCAAGCUUACCGACUUUGGGUUCUGUGCCCAGAUCACCCCAGAGCAGAACAAGCGCAGCACGAUGGUGGGAACGCCCUACUGGAUGGCACCGGAGGUGGUGACUCGGAAGGCUUACGGGCCAAAAGUGGAUAUCUGGUCCCUGGGAAUCAUGGCGAUAGAGAUGGUGGAGGGAGAGCCGCCCUAUCUGAACGAGAAUCCACUUAGGGCGCUGUACCUGAUAGCUACCAACGGGACUCCAGAGCUGCAGAACCCAGAGAGGCUGUCGUCUGUGUUCAGAGAUUUUCUCAACCGCUGUCUGGAGAUGGAUGUGGACCGCAGAGGCUCUGCCAAGGAGCUCCUACAGCAUUCCUUCCUCAAGCUGGCGAAGCCUCUAUCCAGCCUGACGCCUCUGAUUGUAGCUGCGAAGGAAGCCAUAAAGAACAGCAGUCGCUAGGGGCGUGCCCUCUGUCCGCACCCAAGGCUGGAGCCCCGUCUGUGUUGUGUCCGUUCAUGGGGGCAGGGACCUGGGUGUGUGGGCGGCGGUGGGUGACCCGAUAGCGAUGGCACAAGGAUGGUGGUGGUGGUGGGGGGUUAUGUGACUUACAGUGACAGCACAAGGACAAAAGAACCCCAGGCCUCAUGUGUAGGACGGACAUCUGGCCUUGCAGCCUCUCGGCCCAUGCUGCUGAAAAAAGACCUUGCCUCUUCGUUUUCUUUUCCAGCACUCUGUACAUGUAGAGCAGUCCAUCACAAGUACGUGUGCUGUGUGUGUGUGUGUGUGUGUGUGUGUGUGUGUGUGUGUGUGUGUGUGUGUGUGUGUGUGUGUGAGCGUGUGCACAUCUCUUUGUGUCAUUUGUCUUGUUUGGGAGGCAGUUGCUCCCCAGACCCCCCAAAAUAGGGUGGAAAAAAACUGAAAAGAAAGUUCGCUCAGUUUCAAGAAGAAACUAUUGGAGUAAAGAGGAGAAACUGGGAACUCUGAAGAGCCCUUGAUUCUCUCCUUGGCCGACUGGGUUCUCUCUCCUCUAGUCCCUCCACGGGGAGGCCACGCCUGCAACGACCAGCUGAUGCAAGAGAGCGACUCUGGACCCAACCUUUGCCUGCAUGACCACAGCUCUGUGCAGAAACACUGUUACUCCUCUGCAGAUUGUCACAUCUCAACAUGGUGGCUUUGUGUGCGUGUUUGUGUGUGUGUGUGUGUGUGUGUGUGUGUGUGUGUGUGUAGGGGUGCAGCUACAGGGGAAAAACUCAUGAAUUAUUUCACAAGACCUAUGCCAGCUUUAAACAUCCUCCAGUAAUCUGCUUCGUGUCAGUGAAGAGAUACAGGUCUCAUAUUUCUUUUGAGCCAGCCUCUUCCACAAAGUUUCCGACACACUUGUAGAUAUCAAUUCCCUACGUGUGCCUGAUUUUCAUCAAGAUCCAUGAAUUAUUCUCUGAGAAAUAAAAGAAAAUGUAGAAAUCCUUCCUCUCUCGUAAUGGUAAAGCAAGUGGUAAAAAAAGUUCCUGGAGCCGCCCUCUGAUCUGGAUCCAAACACAAAUUGAAUGGCUUCUUCCCUGACCCAAAACCCAUCCUCCACCAAGUUUUGUGGUAAUCCGUCCGGUAGUUUUUGCAUAAUCCAGAUCUGAUAAUAAGAGAGGUAAUUUAAAAAUGCAUGUACAUAAACACUGUGUACGAUCAA